AUGAAGGUACUUAAAAGUUAUGUGCGUAACCACUAUCGGCCAGAAGCAUGUAUGGUUGAGUGCUACAUAUCUGAAGAGGCUGUGGAAUUUUGUUCAGAGUACAUGGCUGGAGUUGAGGCAAUAGGAAUUAGCAAACCAAGAACUGAGCCAGAUGAUGUUGAUAGAGGAUUAAGGGGGAAAGGGACAAUGGUGACAGUGUCCAAGCUUGAACUAGAUCAAGCUCAAUUAGUCGUGAUGAACAAUAACGCAGAGGUUCAACCAUAUAUAACUGACCAUAUGGAGCUGUUACAAUCAAUGGUUCCAAGAAAUCAAAAAAAUAAACAAAAAUGGGUUGCAGACCAACAUCGUCAAACUUUCAUUGGGUGGUUAAGGAAUACCAUUAUAUCAAAGUUGAACGAACCGAAUCAUGGAGUAUCUGAUGUGUUGAGUCGUAUUGCCCUUGGACCAACUUUUGCGGUUGCAAAACAUGAAGCGUACAUUGUAAGGGGUAAACGUUUUCAUACAAAGUCAAGAGAUGAUGCUCGAGAGGUUCAAAAUAGUGGUAUACGUAUCGUCGCAGAAACUAUGCACUUUGCAAGUGCAAAAGAUAGAAACCCUGUUUUAGGUACUAUGACGUAUUACGGGGUCAUUGAAGAUAUGGAAGCUCAAUUAUUUUGCGUUCCGAAUUCCACUUUUUAA